AUGUGGGAAGCUCCCGCGCUGCUGCUGCUGCUGCUGCUGCUGGUGCCGCUGGCGCUGCUGGCCAGGCUCCCGCGGCAGGCAGCGCUGCAGCCCGCCGGCCGGGCGGUGCUCAUCACCGGCUGCGACAGCGGCUUCGGGCACCUGCUGGCGCUGCGCCUGCACCGCCUGGGCUUCACCGUCUUCGCCGGCUGCCUCUGCCCGGGCGGGGAAGGGGCGCGGCGGCUGCUGCGGGAAGCCGCUUCCGGCUCCGGCCGCCUGCGGGUGCUGCCGCUGGAUGUCACCCGGGAGCGGGACGUGGCCGCGGCUAAGGAGUUUGUGCUGAGCAACCUGCCGGAGACAGGUUUUUGGGGACUGGUGAACAAUGCUGGAAUAUCGACAUUCGGCGAGACAGGGUGGCUGCCUAUGGAGAAAUAUGAAAAAUUUGUGGAUGUGAAUCUCCUUGGGUGUAUAAGGACAACGUUGGCAUUUCUUCCCCUUCUAAGGAAAUACAAGGGACGUAUGGUCUUUAUGUCUAGUGUUACUGCAUACUUUACUUUGGGGAAUGGCGUUUACUCUAUGACCAAAGCAGCCAUAGAAAAAUUUUGUGAUGCCUUAAGACUGGAAAUGAAGAAGUUUGGAGUGCUGGUUUGUGUUAUUCAGCCAGGAAAUUACGCACGUUCAACUAAUGUUCAGCCACCAGUCAAUGCGGAGCAGAUCUGGAAUGAACUUAGUGAGGAGGAAAAGGCAGUGUACAGUAAAGAAUAUGUGCAAGAACGUUCGGACUUUUUCAACAACAUACUUAAGGAAGGGUGCACCACAGGCCAUGAAGUUGUAGAUGCCAUGGUGGAUGCUUUAAUGUCACCUGCUCCCAAAGCACGUUAUAUGGUUGCGAAGCUAAAGGAAAAACUGUUGGUCUUUAUAUGCACAGUUUUCCCAACUGUUGUGAUGGAUUCAAUUCUGUCCUAUGCACUGAGUAAAGUAAAACUCACAUAGCUCUGUGGAGAGAAUAUUGACCUGUUUCUGGUCUAUAAUUCAGGUUGGACAACUUUUGUAAGCAAAGGAUUUACAGUUUGGUUUAAAGGCCAUUGAAGCCAAUGGACAGACUCCCAUUGACUGGCAUGAGCUUUGGAUCAGACUCUUAUUCAGGACUGUAACUUUUGCAUACUGAAAUAUAUCUGGAGUUGAAUGUAAAAUAAUUCACUUGCUGUACUUUGGGAUACAGCAUUUCUCCACUUCUUGUAAGGAUUAACUCACACACUGCUGUAUUCCUUGCCUGUUGAAUCUAAUGCAUUUUAUUUUUCUAUUGAAUCUUUCAUAUGAAAGUACCACAAAAUGCUUCCAUGUCAGUUAUAAGUAGAGUUUACCCUACAAGAGCAUUGAUGGAUACAAUCAGGCAGGGAUGAAGAAUGCAAUAGUUUUGAGAGCCUGGAAAAGUAUUUUAUUGUUUUGUUAGAGGAAGAGCUAGGAAUGUUAGGCAGGGAGUGAGAAAUGGGCCUUGAAAUAGGUUUGAAUGGAGACAGAACGGUGCAGAGAACUAGGAAGCCUUAAAUGAAUUAUGAAAG